AGUCCUUGGAAUGAUGCAGAUAAGCUCGUAGCGCAUUUUACGAAAGGAUGGUUUAGAAAAGCAUCGUAAAUGGUAUAUUUCUCCUAACUGAGCCUUUCUGCUGUAAAGGAAUUUUUUUUUAAGCGGUCAAAAUAUUGAACAUAUGCAAACAAAACAAUCAAAUAUAUUGGAAGCCUUACGGAUGAUCGCAUCAAGGCGACCUCGCAGCUGGAAAGAUGGAUUAGACGUCAAACUACUGCCGCCGUUAUUGGGAAAAAGAUCUAGUUUGGGAUGAAGAAGAUUAAGGGGAAGUUAGUGAAGCGUACCUCACAGACUCAACUUCAAGUAAAUCCCCCGUGUGAAGAAGAUUGGACUAAAUAUGAUGAACGGCUCAUUGAAUGUGUGGUGAAUGGAGAUGUGGAAAAACUCAAGUCUACACUUACAAAAAAGGGGACAUCAGCAAUAAAGUUGGGCCCAAAUGGAACAACAGCUCUUCACACGGCCUGUGAGAAAGGAAGUGUUGAGUGUUUGGAGGUGUUACUGCGAGAACAGCCAGACUUAUCAUUUGUAAACAAAGCAGGCUGUAGUCCUCUACACGUGGCUGCAUAUUCUGGGAACUCAGAAUGUGUGAAGAAAAUAUUAGAACGGAAGGUUCAUGUCGGAACUCAGGAUGGUAAAAAAAUGACAGCACUUCACCAUGCAGCUGCCAAAGGCCAGAAAGAAUGUGUUGAACUUCUUCUUAACAGCAAAGCUUCUCUUAAUGGCAAAGACAAGGAUGGAAGAACCCCAUUAUUGAUGGCAAUACAAGGUGCACAUGAAGAUGUUGUCAAGUUAUUACUCAACAGAGGAGCAAAGGUUAACAUAACAGACAAUUCUAAAAAGACUGCACUUAUGUAUGCAUCACUUCUGGGGCUUUCCAUUACCGUAGAGAUGUUAUUAAAAAGGGGUGCCAAUCCACAACUGACUGACAGCAAUGGUCAUACAGCUGAAGAGUUUGCUCCCUUGUGUAAUUACCAAGAUAUCAUUGAUCUUAUGCACAGUGCUCCAUCUGUUGCAAUGUGGGAUGCAGGGGAAACUUCAGAGGAUAAUGAAGCAGAUGAAGAGGACUCCAAUGUUCCAAAUGGUGAGUUAAUAACAGAGUUCAGCAAUAUGGAAGAAUCAGAAGCAGAGACAUCUGUUUCACUACACCAUGAAACAGUGUCAAGUACUACUGGGGUUCCAAGUUCUGUCAACAGUGGUAGUUUAUCACAACAGGAAUCCUUUUCAUCCAAAGCUUCAACAACACUCUCUUCCUCAAGAGCAGCCAACCAAGAUCUCUCUCAAGAUAUCACGGAACUGGAAGAGGAAAAUGAAAUGCUAAACCAAGAAUUAAAUAAACUGAGAGUCCAACACCAGAAGACUCUAGAAAGGCUUCGUGGUCUUGAAGCCAAGCAAGAAAGCAAAGCACCAGUAGUAUCAAAUCAUAUCAAUGGACAUGUAGAGGAAGAAUUAUUAGAAGAAAAAGACAAAAAAAUAGAGGAGCUAGAAAAAGAGGUUGAGAAAUUAAAGGAAGAUUUAACUUAUGAAGAAGAGUCCAGAUGUGAAGCUGAGCAAGAAGUAGAGAAUCUCAAAGCUCAAGUGGCAACACUCCAGGAUGAAAAUCAGAAUGACUUUAACUCCAGUGAAACUGAUGAUGAUAUUGAGUUACCAGGUGUUGAUCAAAACUGGGAUACAAAGAACAACAACAAAAAAAAUACACAGCCGGACCAACUCAUUUCACUACAUGGUCAGGUCACAACUCUUAAACUUGAAAAUGAAAUGCUUAAAGAGCAACUCCAACGGCCUUCUCGAGUCAAUGGGGAUAUGAUUCAUAGCCAGGUUGAUCGCAAUAUACCCACAAUUCCACUUACAGUUUAUCAGCAGCUCAAGGAAUCAAAUGAAGACGAAAUAUUUAAGUUGACGGAAGAAUUGGAAGAGCUCAAGAUAACAAAUGAAUCCCUUCAAAAGUUAGUUACCAACAAUGGAUCAUGUCCUCAAUGCGGUCAGCUCAAGACCAAGUCAGGAAAUUCAUUAACUACUACAACAGAACAGCGGUUAAUGGAAGAUUUAAAACAGCUCGAGCAUCAGUUUCAGGAGGCUGAAAGAGAUUACAGAGACACUAUAAACAUGUACAGACUGCAACUUCUAAAUGCAUGCCAGCUUGAAAUGGACCCUCAGAUUCAGGAAGUUCUUCAAAUGAUCAUCAGGUUACGAAGCAGUGAACAGUUUUGCUGAAAGAAUUGCCUGCUCUAUAUAAGCUAAGAAAGGUUCCAAGCCAUAUAAAUAAGGACCUGAAAUAAUUCCUAAGUAGAAAUAAUUCUAGUCAGUUCAAAUGAGCUUUGCAAUGAAAGAAGCAUUUAUUAUACCAAAUUCUUGACAGUUUAUGCACAGAGAACUUAGUCUAGAUCAGAUAGUGUCAUAUAUUUAAUUAUUUUUAAGAAUUAUUCUAGUGUACGGUUCAAAAUCAUCAUAAUCUGAUCAGAAAAUAGGGCGAUUUUCUAUCGUUUCUCGUUAACGAUCCAAAAUGGCUUUUAACUAGUUUUGCCUUAACACGCCCAAGCUGUGAUUAGUUCACCCUCUUAACCCAUCCAGAUGUGAACUGAAAACCAGUUGCGACGUUUUAAAAAUCACAUAAGUUCUCCUACGCUUGGCGGCAAUUUUUCGCGAAUCUUUCAUUGUCUGUUUUGAUCUUACCUUUUUCUGAUUUUUUCAUCAAAAAUCGCUCUACCUCUGCAUCUAACAAACCGGAUUUAGUAUCAAAGCCCGCAAGAUUAUUUUUGCAAGUUUUUAUCAAGGAGGGCUUUGCAGAGUGGGGGCUCGACGAAAUUUUAGGCGGAGCGGAAUUUUUCCUCUCCUUCGCGGCUCCGUCGUUCAACGCAGCAUAGCACUGUAAAUCCACGCGAGCAGGCAGUUACAAGCUUAGUUUUAGUUUAGAGGCUAGCUAUAUGAUAAAACGAAGACACAUCUGUUUCAAAUACUAGCGCUUUUGUACUGGCUAUAUGAUUUUCAAAAGAGGAGGCACCUGUACAGAAGAGUUUUAUAUUUCUAGUUUUCAACCAUCUCAAUCGGUGGAAUUAGUACUUUGUAAAAUAUUUCCUAACUUUAUUUUAGAGCAAAUUUUUCAUUUGAACGAUUGUGCGGAUUUUGUAUUUACUAAUCUCUUGUACAUUACAAGGCAACUGACCUGUUGUUUUAAGGUAUUUAUAUUUUUUUAUAAAUAGUCCUUCUUAAGUUA